UCCUAGAGAUUCCUAAUCCUGGAGCGGCAGCCAGCCAGCAAGCCCAGGGCCACACACAAGCUCCCUCUGCCCCUUCCCCAGCCCUUAGCCAGGGCUGCCAUGGCCUCCCUGUUCUCCGGUCGAGUCCUGAUCCGAAACAACAGUGACCAGGAUGAGCUGGAUACGGAGGCAGAGCUCAGCCGCAGGCUGGACAACCGACUGGUGCUGCUGUUCUUCGGUGCUGGGUCAUGCCCCCAGUGCCAGGCCUUCGCACCUGUCCUGAGGGACUUCUUCAUUCAGCUCACGGACGAGUUCUACGUGCUGCGGGCGGCCCAGCUGGCCCUGGUAUACGUGUCUCAGGACACCACGGAGGAACAGCAGGACCUGUUUCUCAGGGAUAUGCCCAAGAAGUGGCUCUUCCUGCCCUUUGAGGAUGACCUGAGGAGGGACCUCGGACGCCAGUUCUCCGUGGAGCGUCUCCCGGCCGUGGUGGUGCUCAAGCCGAGCGGAGACGUGCUCACGCUCGACGCGGCCGACGAGAUCCGGCGCCUGGGCCCCGCCUGCUUCGCCAACUGGCAGGAGGCGGCCGAGGUGCUGGACCGCAGCUUCCUGCAGCCCGAGGACCUGGACGACCCCGCGCCGCGCAGCCUCACCGAGCCGCUGCGCCGCCGCAAGUACCGCGUGGAACGCGCGGCGCGUGGCGCACACGGCCGGGGUGGAGAGGUCGAGCCCCGGGCGGAGGUCGAAGCGGAGGGCGCGGCGGGGGAGCUGUUCUGACCCCUGGGGGGAGAGAACAGCUGGACGGGGUCAGGUCUCUGGUGCGCCCUCCCCGACUCGGCGGUCGGCAGGGGCGGGGGCUAUUCGGAGCCCCCCAAGACGGAGGGCUGGCGGGCGCAGGUGAAUCAGAGAUGAGCCCCACCGGGGUUGGGAGGAGGGGCGGCAAGGGGACCGACCAUUCUGAGUUCCCGCCUGAGCGGCGGGACAGUGGAGGAGCCGUUCCGAGUUCCCCCGGAUGCGGGGAGUGGGAAGGGUCUGAGGCCCAACCCCUGGAGGGGUCAGGGUUCUGAUGAAACUUCGGGGAGAAGCAGGGCGGGAACUGGAGAACUGUUCUAACCACCCCCCCCAGACCCCGCCCCGCAGGUGAAGGGUGGGGCCUAGGGUGCGGCGGGGGUCCCUCUGUGAGAUGCCCUCACCCGACGGGGCGCGGACCCGGGGCCUGCCCGGGUCGUCCAGAGGCGCGCGUCUGAGCCUUCUGGCCAGGGUCUCCAGGAAUACUUUUAAGACCUGGGUGAGGUGGAAUGGCUACUGGUUCCAAAAUGGGAAAAUGCACAUAAAAUUGAAUAACCGUGCUGGGAACGAUCAGCCCCUCUUACAAUAAAUGAGUUUUCCAUUUCGUGUACAAGAUUACAACAGCGCUUCAGAGUUUAUACGAGAUGCGUCUCAGAACUUGGAGCCGUGGAUGCCGGGGUGACCCCCACCCAAGAACCGCCACCCAAGGCCAGGAAUUUCCUCAUCCCUGGUGAAGCCCGAGUAUUCCCGCAGAGAUGGCAGAACAGAGAAAUCAAAAAUCACAACUCCAACCAAUGAAUGCAUAAAUAAGUGGAUCAACACAUCAAUGUUUCUCUCUUCCUCUCUCUUUUCCUCUAAAAUCCAUUUUUUUAAAACUCCAGUCUUGGAACCACUUCCUGGCCAUGUGACCAGAGGACAGUCACCUCCCCUCUCCAAGCCUCCUCUUCUUUCUUCUGGGAAAUGACUCGAAGGCCAGGCGCUCUCCGGCGGGGCUGCCCAGAGGCCACAGCGGGAGCGGUCUCCGCUCCAGGAACCUCUUCCUUUUCCUCUGGCGCCGCCUAAAGGCGGGUGGUGAGGCGUGGUCUAGGGAGCCGACCAGGGGUGUCCUACCUUCCGGCUCUCUGGGACACAUAUUGUACACACAAACACUGAUGAAAACUGAUGCGCAAAAAAAAAAAAAGGUUUUAAGUAAAUUUACAAGUUUGUGUUGGGCCUCAUUCAUUGCCAUCCUGGCCACAUGCUGCAAGUUGGACCGCACCGCACCCGAUCUCCGGAAAAGAUGAGGAGGUGGUGCUCCCGGCCUGGCCACUGGAUUGGCCAGCGCCUCAUUCGAUGCGCACGCCUGCUGAUCCAGGUGGGGGCAUUGAGGAUCCGUUGGUAACACCUGUUUCAGGUUCCAGCCAGUUUUUUCUUUGUGGACCUCAGUAAGCCCACCUGUGCAUUAGACCUUGCGUGAUAUUGGCUCUUAAAUUCAGUAAUACCUAACAGGUCGUUAGGAAGAGAAAGUUUUACAAUGUCCUCCUGGGGUAAACCGCAGGACAUGCGACCCAUCAUUAUCUUUAUUAUUAUUCCCACCACACACAGUGGCCAGUCUUCCCCACCUGGGCGGUGAGGCAGGGGCUGUGUGAUGUGGACAAAUCACUGACCCUCUCUGAGUCUCAUCCUUCCCAGUAAGGAGUUGUGACACCCCCACCCCCACCCGUUCCGGCUGUAGUGCGGAAGGCACAGCUGGCGCUUGGCCAAGCAGACAAACCCUCCCUCAGAGUGUCACUCACAGAGCGUCUCCACUCGCAGGGUUAACUUUCCAAAUUGAAGCCAGACACACCAACUAGAAAGUCACCCACACACAAAGGGAAGGGCAGGGUCUUGGCAUCUGUGAACAUCCCUCCUCCCAGUCCCCAACAAACAAUGGUGAAAUCUAAGACAGUGUGGUAAUGACCUUUGGCUGUGGUAUGGACUUGUCUCUUUACUUGUCUGGUUUAGCUUAUUUUCUACUUCCCCACCAGGCCAUGAGCCCCAGAGGGGCAAGCUGGGCCUGCCUUAGUUACCACUGGGUCUCCAGAGCCUAGAACCAGUACUGGGUGGGCACCUCCUCAAUGUCUGUCGGAUGAAUAAUGUAACUGUCUUACAUCCGUGUCUCUCCAAUACCAGGCACAGAGCUGGGGCUUUGUUCCAAAUGAGUCACUGAGCCCUGGCUCCCCCAGUUUGGGGUUUCUUUUCCUUACCUUUGCUAAUGAAGGAGGCUCGGUGUGUUGGGCAAAGCCUGGUAAAUGAAUGAAUGAGUGAACUCAUUUUUGUUACAAGCGAGGAAGCCCAGGGAAGCUAGAGGACUUGCCCAAAGUCACACAGCAAAGGAGGAGGCCACUUGGAGCUGUAGGGUCACCCCUUACUUUUCCCCGAGGUCAUUUUAUCUAGAAAACACUCAGCUGAGGGCUCAGGACCCUUACACUCUUCCCAGAAGACCCCCCAAAUCAGAAAAGAAACCUGGAAAUUCAAAACUAGUAUGGCUCUAAAAUUGUAUAGAGAAAUAAAUAAAUAAAUACAUAAAUAAAAUUAUAAUAUGGAGCAAUGUGUCAGAGCCAUGCUGCUGGUUUCGAAUACUGCCCUGCCUGUGUUAAGCCACGUGACCUAGGGAGUCAGUGCACCACUCUGUGCCUCAGCUUCCUCACCUGCAAAGCCCAGGCGAUGACUAUGCUGUCUUUCAGACCCAAAUGCACUAAGGCAGGGCUCUGAUUGCAGAAGACCAGGUUGACUCAUUCAUGCUAUUCUGGAUUUAUCAGGUAUGUGUUACCUGUGAAACCAUUUUUGGAUAUGAUAUUUCACACUUUGCAAGAAUUCCAGAGCAGGAGUACCAGGCUACUCAUUCAUUCAUGGGUGCAGCAAGCAUUUAUUGAGGGUCUGAGGUGUGCCGGGUGCAGUCUGGGACACUAAGGGAACACAUUGGUGGACACUUCGGCAGACAUCCCACUGUCCUGGUGCACCCCCCCAACAGGGGGCCCCGGACAUUGGGGAACUAACUGCAGGAUGCAAAGUGCUUGAGGAAACCAGAAAAACAACCGGAUUCAAAAAUAAGCAAAGGAUAUGAACAGACAUCUCUCAAAAAAAAAGAUACCCAAAUGGCCAACAAGCCCAUGAAAAGAUGCUCACCAUCAGAAGCCUCUGGAGAAAUGCAAAUCAAAGCUGCUGUGAGCUAGCACCUCACAUCAGGAGGAUGACCAUGAUCAAAAAACACAAUAACAAGCGUUGGCGUGGAAAUAAAGGAAAUCGGAGCACCUGUGCACUGCUGGUGGGAAUGUAAACUUGCACAGCCGCUAUGGAAGGCAGUCUGCCAGUUCCUCAGUGAGUUAAAUAUAGAGUGAGCAUCUCGCCCAGCCACUCCACUCCUGGUACAUACCAAAAAUAGAUGAAAACGGGGGCUCAACUCACUGUUCACACAUGUUCGUAGAAGCAUGGGUCACAACUGCCAAAAUGUGAUAACAACCCAAGUGUCCUUCAGAAGGUGGAUGUAAAAGUACCAUGUGGCCCACUCAUACAACGAAGUAGUGUCAGCCAUAAAAAGAGUGAAGCACUGACACAUGCUGCAACAUGGAUGAACCUCAGAAACUGCUGGGUGAAGGAAGCCAGACAGAAAAGGCCACCUUGGGGGUGAUUCCAUUGAUAUGAAAUGUCCAGAACAAGCAACAAAUGCAGAGACAGAAAGCAGACUAGUGGCUGCCAGGGGCUAGGGGAGAAGGGGAGUGACUGCUCAUGGGGAUGGGGUCUAUUUUGGGGGUGAUGAGAAUAUUCUGGAACAAGAUAGAGGUGAUGGGCCCGGGCUGGUGUGGCUCAGUGGAUUGACGGCCGGCCUGUGAACCAAAAGUUCACCAGUUUGAUUCCCAGUCAGUCCCCAUGCCUGGGCUGCGGACCAGGUCCCCAGUUGGGGAUGAGUGAGAGGCAACCCGUAGAUAUGUCUCUCACAUCAGUGUUUCUCUUCCUCUCUUUCUCCCUCCCUUCCCUGUUCUCUAAAAAUAAAUAAGAUCUAAACCCUUUACUUUGCCCCAUGUGGUUUGUGUAACCAGCCUAAAUACUUUACAAUUACAGAUUUAUCUUAUAGGAAAAUGAUAGGCAUGGAACAACAACAAAAAGAACAACCCUAUUUCAAGUUAGCCUCCUUGUCUUAAUACCAAUUGGCUCAAAAAAAAAAAAAAAGGUAACGGUUGCCACCAUAUGCCAUUGAAUUGUUUGCUUUACAAAGGGGAAUUUUAUGUCAGGUAAACUUCACAUCCAUUUUUAAAACUUUUUUUUUUUUAAGUAGCAAAAGAAGUGCAGUGCCCUGGAUGGUGUUGCUAAGUGGACUGGGCACCUGGGCUGCAAAGCAAAGGGUCAUUGUUCGAUUCCCAGUCAGGACACAUGCCUGGGUUGUGGGCCAGGUACCCAAUAGGGGGCGUGCGAGAGGCAACCACACAUGGAUGUUUCUCUGCCUUUCUUUCUCUC